AUGGUGAGAUAUCGGGAGCGAAAAACUAAUCGAGGUAAAACACCUGUUGAAGUGAUGAGAACAGCAGUUGAUGAAGUUCUGAAAAAGAACAGAGCUAUCAAUGCUGUUGCAUGUGAAACUGGAAUUGACCGAAUGACAUUGAAGCGAUAUGUUCGGAAGAGUAGUCUCAGUCCAAGUGUAGGUUUGAUACCGAAUUGGAAUACAAGGCAGGUAUUCAAUUUAGAACAAGAAGAGAUGCUUGCAAAGUAUUUGCUGCAAGCAUCUAAGAUGAACUAUGGACUAUCCACCAAAACAACUCGCCAAAUAUGCAGUGACCAUUUCUGUAAUAAAGAGUAUAAGGGUUAUGAUGGAGAAAGGAAGGUAAUGCUGAAGAAAGCAUUCCCAUGUGUUCAAAAAGGGCAUAAUGACAUUGUGAAUAAUAAACCCUGCUUAGGACUGGGAUCAUCAUCAUCAUACCAAUCACCAUUACAAGUAGAGUCAAUUUUAUAUUAA